AUGUGCUACGGUGCGGUUGUACCGGAUGGCUACGGUGCCGCCUACAACCCCCACGCGGACUACAUUGUGACUGUGGUGACCUGUUUCAAGGAUGAUGCAGAGACCAGCGCAGAACAGUUUUCGGCCCUGUUGGAGGCCUCUCUCCUCGAAAUGCACGACCUUGUAACCGCCAAUCCCGAGCUGGCACGUCAAAAGUCCCCCGAACCAACUACCUGGACAAUACCAGAAGAAAUUGCUGGCAUGCAAGACUAA